AUGUCUGGAAACACACCCAAAACCAUGUCCAAGGGACUGAUGGGAAUGAAGUUCAUGCAGCGUGCUGCCGCAAAGUCUUCACCUUCGACGCCUGACGGGCCGCCCGCCAAGAAAGCGCGCCUCUCGAAUGGUUCUGCAGUAGGAACUUCGGACCGGGAGAUCAUACAAUCGGGGUUGGACGCAGAGGAAGCGAAGCGCCAGACUGCACUAGACAAGGCCGCACAGCACGCAGGCGAGACGAAGUGGGUAUUGAGCUUCAAGGAUCCUCUCGAAGGGAAGAGGCAAGAUGCGAUGAACGUUAGGCAAGCGGGAUUUGCUGAGCUGGAUGCGGAGGACGAUGAGGAAGACGAGGAAGAGGAGAUCAGGCCCAUAAGAAUGCAAUUCGGUGGUGGAGUUAAGAAGAAGGCAGAUAAUUCCGUACCCUUGGUUAAGACUGAAAACUCAAAUUCAGAAUCCGAGGAAUCCGAGGACGACUAUGAUUCAGAAGAUCCUGCGGCAGAUCUUAUCCGACAGACGAAGCGCGAGAUGGCGUCAGAGAGGCGCGAAUCAAAGAAAAUGCGCCCAAGUACAGGCGACGAAUCAGCCCUGACAACACCGAAGCGACAGAACAACGAUGGAAACCUGCAGGGCUUGACAUCGAUAUCAGGCGGUCGACGCUCAGGAGGCGCAGGUAGAGGGGACUUCAGUGGCAUGGCCGACAUGGAAUGCUACAAAUGCGGACAGAAAGGACAUAUCGCAGCCAACUGCUCGUCGGCACCACGUGGAUUUGCAGGCAGAGGCAGAGGCAAGGGCCGGAGGUAG